GGCUUUCGUCAAACAUCAUGCACACACACGCAUCCACCAGUCAGUUCACGAGGCCGUCCCUCACGAUAUGUACACGUCAAACAUCCAUCCAUGCAUCCAUCCGCUGUACAUUACUCCCAGCACGCACUUGUACCCGCAGACGCUGCGCAGCCAGGCACACGCCCAUGAACAUGUGCGCAUGACUGACGUCAGCUGGGUAGGUGGCGGCGUGCGUCACGGCGACGCUUGACCUCCUCGCCACCCGUCAUCUGUCGGGGCCGCCGUCUGAGGGCAGGGCGGGGGAGUCCCAAGGAUUCCCUGGGCAGUCUGCCUCUCAUGCGGUUGAGCGCCACGAGCGCCUUCUGAAUACACAACACACACUCUCUCUCUCUCUCUCUCUGUGUGUGUGUGUGUGUGUGUGUUGUGCUUACACUCAGUUUGGCGAACAUCUGCGGGCCCUUGCGGCUUCUGUUGAAUGUGCUCUGAUCAUCGGGGUUAGCCUGCAGCCAUCCAAUACAUCAGUCUGUCUGUCUGUAGUGUCUGUCAGUAGUUGAUUGAGUGUGUUCGGCUCACGCACGUCCGCACAGCCCUCACACAACUUGAUGCGGUACAUGGCUGCACACACGGACGGACAGACACAGUGAUCCACAAAUGCAUGUCGCACACACACAUCGCCAACAAGACACUUACGUAGCUCGUAUAUUCCAGGCGCGCCGCAUUCUGUGCACGCGGCCGCAGCGUACUGCUCCUUGUGAGGGCCGUGGUCGAAAUGGCUGCAUGACAUCUCGCCACGUGUCAUCCUGAUUGAUGCACAGAUCAACACACACACAGUUGAGAUCUGCGGACUCAUGCAUGCAAGACCUGUGGACCUCACUCACCUGGCUGCCACGAGUUUGGCCUUUUGGUCCUGCACAUGGCGCUUCCACACCAUGUCUUUGCCGGCGUGCGAGGCUUCGCACCAGGCGCUGCAGACUCUCUCAAUCCGCCCUAUGUCAGCCCCACCAGGCAUGAACUGCAUGAUGCAGGUGAGCAC